GAAGUUCUACUGUACAAAGAUGGCUAAUAGCCAUGGCCUUUCAUCGAGCGACUCACCACGCACGGUCAUAUCCUGAACAGACCGACCUGGAAAGCCGCCUCGCCCUUGUGUCUCCUCGAGGAAGCAUACCAGGAAUAAACAAUGCAAUAGGUAGCAGCGGCGGACGCCGCAGGCGGCCUCAAAGCUUCCGCCUAAGCUCAAUCCUCACCUGGGCGCUGCUCGUGCUUUUCAUACUCGCUACGUUUGUGCGCUUCCACACGCAUGUACGCGUUCUGGAGGAACAGCAGCGCGGCAGCGCCCCGAUCGACGUCGUGGGCGUCAGCUUGAAACCAUCCUGUGUCACCCGCGCCUCGGUGCACGCGCUGAACGCGUACCUGAAGCCGCGCGUGAUCCAUGUGGUCACCACGAAUGCGGAGAAGUGCCGCAUCUUUAGUUCCUUCGCGUCGAACGUGGAGUGCCACAUCCAGGACGAACUGCUAAACGGGCUCACGGUGGAUGCCGUGGGCGCCUACAUAGAGCAGCACCUGGGCAUCGAUCAGCACAAGCACUUCAAGGGGCGAGAACUAUCGGGAUGGUACAUGCAGCAGUUCCUGAAGCUAGGAUCAGCGCUGGCGCUGCCGCAGCUGUCACAGCACUACGUGGUGUGGGACCUAGACAUGGUCUUGCUACGGCCGGUGCAGCUGCUCUUCCCGCCGGGGCCGUCUGACCCCGCCGGCUCGCCAACGCGGGCGCUAGUCAACAUCGGUGGCUCCGUGUCACCAGGCUACAUGGCGGCCUUUCGGCGGCUGAUGCGACGGCCUUUGGAGUUCGCACCGGACGGAACGUCAUUCGUGACGCACUGGAUGGUGGUGUACAAGCCGUACCUCCUCGAGUUCCUGCGGGAGCUGUCGUUGGGAUCGCCCGGCAGUAGCAGUAGUAGAAGCAGCGGCUCAACAACCAGCAGCAGCAGGUUAAGAGGCGGCGGCGGCAGUAGUAGUGGCAGUAGCGCCACGACGGGCCGGGAGCUGCAGGCUGAGGCCGCCACAGGGCACGAGGGCGGCGCCGGCAGGCGGCUCAGCAGUAGCGGCGCCGGCGACGAUGCCGGGAUAGAGCUGGGCGAGGCCGGCGGCGCGGAAGCCAGCCCUGGCGCAGGCGCAAGCCGCGCUCUGCAGCAGGAUGUCGCCGCGACGCCGGGGUCGGAUCAGGCCAGCGCGACCCAGGGUCUGGACCCGCUCGGCUGGGUGUGGCGCAUCCUUUCCUCGGUCGAGCCGUCCAGCGCAGAUCUGGGGUUUAGCGAGUACGCUAGCUACAUAAGCUGGGUGCGGCAGCGCUACCCCGCAUCGCAGCAGCUGGCAGAUCGCAAGACCUGGAUCCGGCACCCGUUCGGGCAGGGCACUGUGAAGCUGCUGCGGCUGCUGCGGGCGGACCGCUGCUGCUGCCCCAGCGCGUGGCUGCUGCGGCUGGUGCGGCUGCUAGGGUUCGUGUAUACGGGGUACGAGGUGGGACACAUUGAGGAGUGCAGGUACAGCGAGCCGCAGUACGCAACGUCGUACGGGCUGUGAAAAGGAGUGUAAGAGAGAGGUUGUGAGAUACGAUACGGUAGUGGUGGUAAAGGACAAGACAUGGAAAGCGCAGCACGAGCGUUAUGAAUUGCCGAGUGCUAUGCAGCGGGCAGCAUGUGCUUUGGGUGGUGGUGUUCAAGGAAUGCAUUGGAACCCAGCUGUAUGUGCAUGCCUGUGUGCGUGUGUUAUGGAGGUCAGUCUGGGUUACUGCAGGACUGUUGCGCGGUUGAAAGUUGCCACGGACCACGGUAUCUGCCUGGCGUCAAGCAGGCGCUCGCGACCAUGCUUAAGCAGGCGGACACGGGCACGGAGGAGGACAAUGUGGCGGCGCUGGGCCGCCCGUUCGAUCAGGGCUGAGGGCGGACUGGACGGGACCAGGCGAGGCGGUGCGUUUCUGGAAUAUAAAGCGCUGGUGUUCUCCAGGUUGGUUUCGGGCGCAUCCUUCCUGGUAGGCCCAACGCCAGCCCGGCCGCCGUCGUCCAGCCCAGCCGUCCCAAUACAGCAGCCACCUUCCGUCAGCCAGCCAUGGGCGCGACCGUCCACAGCGUUUACCGUCGGUUACGAGGUAACAUGUGAAUUCGCAACUUGCGCUACUGCCUGCCUCCUCUCGUGCCGCCUGCAAGCCCACUCCGCCUUCCGCUCUGGUCUACGUACGCAUUAGUUCCGCAACACUAGUCAAUAAAGCCGUGGAGGUAUGCGUCUCCGAGAAGAAGGGACAAGCAGCGGACGGGUUCCCUAGUGGACAGGGCAGGGCUGUAACAUGUGAUGACAUGUGAUGACGCCUCAUUUCUGUCCUGAUUUCCCUCACGGGAGCAAUUGGCCACGCUGUAAUCCAGCCGUAAU